GAAUGAGCAAGGGGAAACAAGGGUGGACGGGGCUUGUGAUGGCGUGAAAUACCAUCAGUUGCAGCUUCGGGAGCCGCGCAGCACUGGUUUGGAGAGCAAGCCCGGUGGAGCCCUUACGCAAGGAAGAGGAGUAAUAUUUAUUCCUCCAAGGGUGGGAGGCGCGCGCGUUUGGGUCCGAAAUUGAAGUGCACUGGAGCCUUGGUGGUUUAUGGACGAUAACUUUUUUGUGUUAAUGGCUAAAACUUUGCCACAAAGCAUGUCCUUUACUUCCGCGUGCCUCGUUUUUUGCAAAGUUCUUUCGCUUGCCUUAGUUAAUUCGUUACCGUGCUGGAGAAGCUGAAGAAACAGAUGGACCUCUUGUGUACGUUGGGGCCUACGAAUUCAAGGUAUAUAGAAUUUAAAUCUUCUCUCACAAGUAUAUGGUAGAGCUAAAGAAGAAGAAGACAAGCAAGGGUCAUCUGAAAUUGUAAUUGGCUCACUAAUAAUCGCAGGACAAAGUUGGAAAUAACUACUCAAGCAUAAGAGGUUGACCCAAACAUGAAAGGUUGAAAAGCCUGUGAGGCAAAAUAGAAAAUGCCACUCAGAUCCACACCGUCCUUCCUUAACAGAUGGCCCUCCCAUACCGACUCAAAAUGGAACAAAAUGCAUGGCACCUGUUGUGGACACUACCAAGAUGUUUGAUAUAAAGGCUUGGGCUGAGUAUGUUGUGGAAUGGGCUGCAAAGGACCCGUAUGGCUUCCUUACAACGGUUAUUUUGGCCCUUACUCCAUUGUUUCUAGCAAGUGCUGUACUGUCCUGGAAAUUGGCCAAGAUGAUUGAAGCCAGGGAAAAGGAACAAAAGAAGAAACAAAAACGUCAAGAAAAUAUUGCAAAAGCUAAACGACUAAAGAAGGAUUGAAGGAAUGAACAGGCUCUAUAACCAGAGAAAAAUCACUUGGAAAAUUAAGCAGCUUUGGAAGGACCCACUGAGGUUUCUUUUCUGAUUUUUAUGACAGUAAUUUGUAGUCACUGAAGUCUGAGCACAUGGAAGGAUCAUGUUAGUUGUGGCCUCUACUACUGCAACUUUUAGGCUUUGGUGUAGAAGUCUGUUGACAGUUAUUUUAAAUUGGCAUUUAUUCUAUAAAUUCUUUAUAACUGACUUAGUCAUUUGCCAUUUUGCAGCUUAUGUACUGAAACGAAAACAUCCUGUGGAGAGAAAUGACUAUACAUUAUGAAUUCUUUUCAAAUAAUGGCUUAGAAUGGGGCCCUUUCUGGACAAAAGGAGUUAAGAAUGUAAAAAUCAAAACUGUCCUGAGGUGAAAAGUGUGCUUUGGCUUAAAAGGCAUAUAGUAUAUUAUAUCUUUUAUCAUUAUUGCUUAUUUCUUGCUGGCUUUCUCAAAGCCACACAUUAACUAAUGACUUUUUGUGUUCUGCAUUUUCUCAUUUUAGCCCUUGAGAUAAUUAUCAGACAUUCUGCAUUUUUUUAAAAUCUAAUUUUAUAAAGAAUUCUCUUAUUGACUAUAUAGAAUACCACCUACCAGAUAUAACAGUUUUUGUACUUAUGAACACUGCCAUUUUCUUAGAGAUGUCUUGUUGAGUAGAAUAACACUAUGAUUUAAAGCUUGCAGUAAAAAUGCCAAACCUUGUGUUACCUUGGAACCAGUUUACUCUUUCUUGUGCUAAGUAGAAAUGUGAAAUAGUUAAAAUGUCUUAUCAGAUAAUUUGCUCAUUAUAUAGAUGCCAUUUUUUGUUUUUCUUCCAUUCUUUGUUUUAACUUACCUAGUAGUGAUAUUCUACUUUCUGAUGAAACAGGUUCAUGGUGAAAAUUAAAAUUUCAAAUUUCUUUUAAGGAAUUCUUAAAAAGUAAUCGUUAAGUUGUAAUUCCUAAGUGGUAAAGAAAGGUUUAACAUUUGGAAAAAUUUUGGUCAUCAUACCAGUAAUUAGAUGAAAAAGGUAAAUUAUGUCAAAAUGAGAUAUGUGUUAAAAUUAGAAAUAAAGAGCUAAAGGAUCUUCCCUUUAGUUAAGUAGAUAACUGGAACUUUUUACUAUUAAACAGGCUUUUAUAAAUGCAUAGUCUAGUAAUUUUAUUUGCUGUCAGUAUAUAAUAGCUUAUUAAUGUUUUCCUCCCCUCUGAUAAUGAAUUUUAAAUUACAAAAAAUUGUCCACCAGCUUUAGUUUAAAACUGGAACUAGAUAUUGAAAUAAAUUUGAUACUUUUUUAUAAAAAGGUCCUGUUUUUUUUUUAAGGGGGGCUAAUAAUAAUACAGUAAUUAAAAAUAGAUGACUUUUCAAAGGGUUAUGAAUUUCAUUUAUAGCUAAAAGCAUACUUAGAAAAGUUGAGGACAGUGUUUCUCAACUACAAAUACCUAAGGACUCCUGAGAAUGUUGAUGGGCUGGUCUGAACAGUACUACUUUAUACGUUAGGUUGUCAGUUCUAAUGUGGUGCCAGUGUAAUGAACAUAUUGCCACUCCAGUGUUUCAUUAUAUUACUCAGGUGAUCUAGGAUAUCUAGUGACCUUUUUAUUGCCACUGAAGUUUUAAUAGUUAGAAUUACCAUUGCAAUUCAAACUGAAAAAAAAUGCUUCUGUAGAUCUACUGGCCCUCCUGGAUCUACAGAGCCCAUAAGUCUUCCUUAUGGUUGGUCACAUUUUAGAGUAAAAGUACUGCAGCAAAAGAUCUAUUCACCAUAAUUCUCUGUUACCUACUAAAGCUGUGUUUUCAUUGGUUCUCAUUACAAUUUAAAGAUAUUUAACUGAAAUCUUUUUUUUCUAUAAUUUAAAGUCUUAACACAUGCCAAUUUUGUAUUUGUUUGGCAUAUGCCAUUUGUUUCCUCAGGUUUAGCUUUUCCCAACAUUUAUGGGACCUUUUUUUAUAUGUGAGAUCAAGGUUUCAUAAUACGUAUGUCUAUGUUUGUGUGUAUGUGGGGGAUUUGGGGGGAUGUAAAAUAGAGUAUUUUGAGGGUUCGGAUUCUUCAGAACAAUCAAUCUUCUCUCACUGCAACAAAUAGUACUAUUGAUGAAAGAAUCCCAUUUACUAUUAGCCAUAAUACUUCCUUUAAAAGUUGUCUAUUAUGUUGUUUCCUAAGCUUUGAGAGCUGAUCUAAUCAGUUACCUUUUUAUGGCUGGUUUUGGGAAAAACACAGCCUGCCUGUAGACAGAUAUUUUACCAAAAACAAAAGUUGGUGUGUCAGAUUUUGAUCCUUGGUAUGUAUGUGAUGAAUUUCAGUGUGGUAUUACUAGAUCAGAUAUACUUUUUUGGUACAGUGUUUUUUACUUCUUUUUCUUGGAAUUCUAGUAAAGCAAAUGAAGUAAGCUUACCAAGGUGUGAGCCGGAAAACUAAUGUUGAGAUACAUUAUUAUUAAUAAGUCCUGACCCAUUCCUUCUUUCCUUACACAUAAUGUAAAGGAAAGGGGCCAGGGCCACUUAACACCUCAUCUCAUAUCCUGUUACUGAUUCCUAUCAAGGAAUGAUUGUCUUUAUAUUGCAGUUGGUUAUAGUAUCACUCUGAUUUACUUCAUAUCUGGAAUAUAUGUGGAAUAUACAUACAUAUAUAUAUAUAUAUAUACACACACACACACACACACACACACACACACACUCACACAAAUAUAUGUAUUUCUCAAACAUUAAAACAUUCCAUUUUCAAAUACCACCAGUUUGGGAAAUAUAAAAUAAAAUUUAGGAUUAUUCCUACACGAUUUCUUGGAAGCUUUUAACUUAAUUUGACUAUCAUAGACUUCUCACUGCUGUUUCUUUCCCCAGAGAACAUAAACACUUUGAGAAAGCCUGUUCUAAAUAAAUUCAGGUUACAUUUUACUUUAUUUUAUUUUUGUUUUUUGUUUUGCUUUGUUUGGUGAUAUCAGGUUACAAUUUAUUUGUUUUUAAAAAAUUUUCAAGGUUUAUUUUAGAGAGAGUACGGGAAGGGCAGAGUGAGAGAGAGAAUCUUAAGUAGGCCCUAUACUCAGCGUGGAUCUUGAUGCAGGGCUCUAUCCCUUGACCCUAGGAUCAUGACCUGAGCCAAAAUCAAACACUCAACUGAGUUGAGCCACCCAGGUGCCCCAAGAUCAGAUUACAUUUUAAAUAGUGUGGUUAAUGAGGUAGCAUUAAAAAAAUAAGGUAUUGGCUCAAGGCUGAUUCAGUUAAGAAAUAAAUGAUAGCCAGAUAGCAGUAAAAGUAGGAAUGGAAAAGAAUAACAGAUAAUGGGAAAGUUUUUUUCCUCCAUUUUUAUUGAUUUUCAACUUCACAUAUCCAAGGCAUAGCUGAUAGGCUAGAUUUAUAUGAUUAACCCCAAUAGUCAACACAUUUUCUAUACUUUAACAGGCAAAAAUCUGCUGUUUGCAUGUGUAGCACAUGCAUGGGAAAUCAAGGAUUUACCUCUGAGAAAGCACUUGAAGUAUAUCUGACACUUAACUUGGAACAUUUUUACUUUUGGAAUUAAAAAAACUUUGCAUAGGGUUGAAGUUGGUCUUGAAGCAGUAAGGACAUGUUUAUUAAAACAAAACUUGUGAGUGUCCAAAAUAUAACAAUUUAAAAUACAAAAUGUGGCAGACAAACUAAUAUUUAAUACUUUAAUUCUGCUUUGCAUGUGUCUGGCAUAAAAGCCAAAUAUAGAAAAGAUUGCAUAGAAAGGUAAUUUGAAUUAGGCCAAGGUUUUUAGGUUCAGUUUUUAUGUAGGACAUACAGCUCUGUUCCCUUGCCAUCUGACAUUGCCACCAGAUAUCCAAAAAAUGUUAGUCUUGAGGAAGAGUCUGGAUGUAUUACUAGAACUGUCAUUUCCACUUCUUGAAAUCACUUUAUUUAUUUUAAUGUUUAUUUAUUUUUGAGAGACAGAGCAUGAAUGGGGGAGCGUCAGAGAGAGGGAGACACAGAAUCCGAAGCAGACUCCAGGCUCUGAGCUGUC